CGUUCUCUGGGUUGAACCGCAUGAACUAACAAUCCACAGACCACUUUGAUAUUAUUCCACUGAUCAAUCAUGCCUUUGGUGAACUUGUUUGGAUCAAAGGGGAGGCUGGUGCUGAGCGCUCUCCUCAUUUGUGCCAUAAUCUUCGAGUUAGCUCAUUGUCAAAAAGACGCCCAGGAGCAGAGGACCACUCCAGGCAGGAAGCUCAAAACAAGCAAACCCAAACUUGGGAAAUCAACAAAUAAAGGUCCCAGAGCUGUAACAUCCAAACCAAAGAUCAAAGCUACGCCUGCAGUCGCGGCACAAACCCUCCUCACACAGGUGCUAAACAGAGGGAAGUUUAAAAAGGUGGGAGAGACCAUAAGUGUGCAGACGGGAGACACUCUGGAGCUGAGGUGCAGGGGCAAACCUGUGCAGUGGAGCGUUCCUACGUACCUGGAGGAUGAUGAUGAUGGAAGGCUCAGGAUUGUCCAACAGGACCGAUAUGGCGCCCUAACAUUAGUCAACACCACUGGUGCAGACACAGGGGAGUACACCUGUUAUCCUAUGUACUGUGAGGACUCAGACUGCAGGAAGGAGUAUGACAAAGCUGUCAAAGUGUUUGUCUUCUUUCCCGAUCCACAGGAGCUAUUUGUUCCGACAUCUGACUACUACGAGGUGAUUCAGCUGAGAACCAACUGGCCAACGCUCCUUCCCUGCCAGGUGACGUCACCUGAGGCCAAAGUGACUCUGCACCGCGAGUAUCCACCGGUGGAGGUGGCAGUGGACGGGUCGGAGAUCUCCUUUAACGUCAGGAAGGGCUUCACCAUUCAUCGACCCCGACCUUAUCAUGCCGGAGCCUUGUACUGUGUCGCCAGUCUGGGCAACCUGAGGCAGAGCUCCACCAAAUACAUGCUCAUCUACGUUAACUACCCCAUGGCUCCCCCUGCUCCAGUGAUCCAGGCCUCGUCAAGCUCGGUGGCUGUGGGGGAGAAUCUGCGUGUCAGCUGCUCUGUGAUGGGCGAACAGGACGUGGUCAUAGAGUUUACCUGGGAUUACCCAGGACAAGAGAUUGGGAGGCCUCCAUACACAAAGGAAAGCGUCACUCCAGUCGGUGGAGGAGCGGCUCGACAGCAGUCUCAGUCUGUCCUCCUGGUGGACGAGGUGAGGGACGUGGACCAGGGAACGUACACCUGCACCGCCCAGAACCUGCAAGGAGCCAAAUCAGUGUCCACUACUGUUAAAGUGGUCCCCAAAGCCAAACCUAGGAAACCAUAAGCCAUCAAAACUGGAUGACAUCACUAAGAUGAGAGUGAGAAGGUGGAGAUCAGGUGCAACAGUUUGCUCUGUCAGUAUUAAACAGUACUCUGUUAGUCACAUAUGAAUAUAUGACAUCAUCUGCUCCCUCUGUAGUUGAUAAGAGUGAUAACAGAGAUUUUGUUGUUUAGAUGAAUGUAUGUAAAUUGAGCGUUCAGAUUGUGUAUUCAAAGUUUUAUAUGCAUACAUUGUUCCUUGUCUUUUUCUACUUAUUUUGUAUUGUGUAUG